AUGCCGGACCUUGUGCCGUCAUCCGACUCACCGGUCUCGGCUUCUUCCGUCCAGCAGGCCACCCAGCCGACCCAGACCUCCACACCCCCCGAAUCUCAAGGGGAUGCCCAACCAAAAACCUCCAUACAGCAACCCCAGGGGUACGCGAGUAUCGGUCGCCGGGCGCACAAGAAGAGCCGCACGGGCUGCUCAACGUGCAAGUCCAGGAAGAUAAAGUGUGACGAGAGGCACCCAGCAUGUCUCAACUGCAUAUCUCACGGCGUAGAAUGCCCCUUUCUCAAACCCGGCGCGGGCAACAAUGCCUCCGCCCGGGCCCCCAAACCCAAACCUGACUCCCCUGCCUCGUCCAGCAGCACCUCGACAUCCCGACCAAAUCCAAUAAUGGCCCUCCCAGAAGGUGGAGAGCUACCGCUGCUGGAACUAGAGCUGCUCCAUAAUUUCACCACCAAGACAUACACCACCCUCACUGCUGACGCCAGCGUGUGGGAGUUUUGGCGCGAUGACGUUGUCCAGCUGGGCUUGACGUGCGAUUACAUCAUGCGCGCCGUUUUGGCUGUCAGCGCCCUGCACUUGGCCUACCACCGCCCGGACCGCCGCGACUUCUACGUUGAAGCGGGCAUCCUCCUGCACCAAAAAGCCGCCCGCUCGGCGAUGCGCGUCAUGGCCGUGGGGGAUAAGAUCGACAAGGACCACGCCGCCAACCUCUUCCUAUUCAGCAUGCUGACCAUGUUUUUCGCCCUCGCCUCCCCCCGCCGCUCCAACCCCGACGGCACCUUCUUCAUCGGCGAGUCCGGCUUCCCCGACUGGGCCUUCCUGCUCUCGGGCGGCAAGUCCAUCAUGGACGUGCUCGGCGAGGCCGGCCUCGAAACCGUGGCCAGCCCCUUCCUCGUCUACGGCCGCCGCCGCUGGCACGCCCAGCGCGCGCUCCUCGAGGCCACGACGGCCGCAGCGACCGCCGCAACCACCAAAGACCCCCACCAGCAACAACAACAACAACACUCCCCCGCCGCCUCGUCCCCGCCCGAACCGCGCGGGCCCAUCCUCGCCCCGCUGCGCGCGCGCAUCCAGACCACCGUCUCCGACCCGGCCCUGCUCAAGACGUACGCGCACGCGCUCGACGAGCUGGAGCUGGCGCUGGUGGUGCGGCAGGACCCGGCCGCGCCGCGCGACGUGCUCGACGCCAUGGUGUGGCUGUGGGUCAUGUCGGACGAGUUCGUGCCGCUGCUGCGCCUGCCCACCCAGGAGGCCGUCGCCAUCUUUGCGCACUUUUGUGUGUUGCUGAAGCAUCACGAGAGUCAUUGGUGGCUGCAGGGGUGGGGGGAUCAUAUCAUGAUGAGGGCGAGGGAGAUUCUGGAUGAGGAGCAUCGCGGUUGGAUUGAUUGGCCGAUGAGGGAGAUGGGGUGGAUGGAGGGGGUUGAGGAGUAG